AUGGCACGAGCUGAAACAGAUCGAUCGUCGCAAACUUCAUCCUCCGGAAUUGAUUCCUUGGAGCAACAGGUCACGCGCGACGAUCCACAUCAAAAUGGAACGUUGGACAAGCAGACAACUGCCGCCUCAGGUCUGUCGACGUUUGAGCAUCGCGCGCACUCGGUGAUCUCGAGAAUUCGGAGUCGAGAGCCCGGCCAAGAUGCGCGCUUCACCCAUCCGCUUUCGCAUACUAAAACCUCGAGUGAUGUCAUCGUGGACUUUGACGGUCCGGAUGACCCAUAUAAGCCCAUCAAUUGGGGGUUUGGAAAGAAGUGUAUAACCACCGUGCUAUAUGGUCUGACGACGAUGGGUGCUACCUGGGCGAGUUCUAUUUACUCGACUGGUACGAAACAAGUCGACUCGGAAUUUGGGGUCGGCGAAGAAGUUGGGACGCUCGGUACUUCCUUGCUACUUUUUGGCUUCGGUAUGUCCUGCUGGUCCCGAGCGGUGGUGGCUCCCUACUAUAUGGUUCUUUCGUACCUAUUAACGCUUUCCCAGCCAGCUGUCUUGUUACCAUAUUUUAUCGCUGCCUGUUUCUCCUUUGGUACCGCUGCGGCAAAAGACUUGCAAACUGUGAUGCUCACUCGAUUCUUCGCCGGAUUUUUUGGCUCCGCCCCGGUCACCAACACCGGUGGCGUCUUGAGUGAUAUCUGGACAGCCGAACAAAGAGGCGCGGCUAUCGUAGGAUAUGCCAUGGCCGUUGUCGGAGGUCCUGUGCUUGGCCCCAUUGCUGGCGGUGCCAUUUGCCAAAGCUAUCUUGGAUGGAGAUGGACGGAAUAUUUAACCGGCAUCAUGAUGGUCUUCUUCCUCGCCAUGGACGUCCUCUUCCUUGACGAGAGCUAUCCACCAGUCCUCCUCGUCUACAAAGCCCAACGCCUCCGGUUUGACACGGGCAACUGGGCGCUCCACGCGCGCCACGAAGAAUGGGACGUGACCUUCAAAGAGCUCGGCAACAAGUACCUCAUCCGGCCCUUCGCCCUCCUCACCACACCCAUCUGCUUCCUCGUCGCGCUAUACGCCUCCUUCGUCUACGGCAUCAUCUACCUCAGUCUCGCCGCCUUCCCGGUCGAAUUCCAAGAAGUGCGCGGCUGGAACCAAGUCGUCGGCGCACUCCCCUUCCUCGCCUACCUCGUCGGCAUCCUCUUCGCCGCAGCCGUGAACCUCCUCAACCAAAAGUUCUACAUCAAACGCUUCCGCGCCAACAACAACUUCCCAGUCCCCGAAGCCCGCCUGCCCCCCAUGAUGAUCGGAUCCAUCCUCUUCGCCGCAGGCCUCUUCAUCUUCGGCUGGACCGGCGACCCCAAGAUCCACUGGAUCGGACCCCUCAUCGGCGCCGUCCUGAUGGGCUUCGGCUUCUUCACCAUCUUCCAAGCAGCGCUCAACUACCUCAUCGACACAUUCCAGAAAGUCGCCGCCAGCGCCGUCGCCGCGAACACCUUCCUGCGCAGCCUCUUCGCCGGCUGUUUCCCGCUCUUCGCGCACAUCAUGUUCCGGGAGAUGGGCGUUAACUGGGCAUCCAGUGUCCUGGGCUUUGUGGCCGUCGCGUUGAUCCCGAUCCCGUAUUUGUUUUAUAUUUUUGGGAAGAGGAUUCGCGCGCGGGGAAAGUGGUCAAUGGCGUCGGUUUAUGGCUAUUGA